UUGAUUCACUGGCUUUACUCUCAUUCUCUUCCCCGUUUCCCUCAAAUUUACCCAAAUCCCACUCCUCUCUUAAAUGGCAUCACCGGUCAACAUUUCCGACGAACCACUCACUCCUGCCGGCAGGCUAUUUCUCCAGCCAGAACUGAAAACCAUAAUCCAUUGUGCACUUGGCUUUAAAUACCAUAUGGAUAUCGACGCUAUAAAAUCCACUAUAAAGAGCUCUCUCAUGAUUAACCAUCCAAGAUUCUGCAGUCUCCUCGUGCAUGACAAAAAUGGAUUCGAGCACUGGAGAAGAACAGAGAUUGAUAUUGACCGGCACAUCAUACUUGUUGACGAAACAUCUGUCGCCAACAGUGGCGAUGAUGUUGAAAAAAUAGUGAAUGAUUAUAUAGCAGAUUUAUCUGUAAGUACCCCGCUUGGCAGCGAUAAGCCUUUAUGGGAAAUCCAUAUCAUGAUGGAGAAGAAGUGUGUCAUAUUCAGGAUUCAUCAUGCUCUUGGAGAUGGGAUCUCGCUGAUGUCGAUGUUGCUGGCAAACUGCAGGAAGGCGGAGGAUCCAACGGCAGUGCCCACCUUAAUGACUGGAGGACGAAGGGAUUGGAGAGAAGAGAAGGAUUGGAGAGGGGUUUUGAUGGGUGUUUUGAAAAUGGUUCUCUUUAGUUUAGUUUUCUGUUUAGAGUUUGUGUUAAAGUCUUUGUGGAUUCGUGAUCGGAAGACGGUGAUCUCCGGCGGUGAUGGGGUGGAGUUGUGGCCGAAAAAGUUGGCUACCGCUAAGUUUUUGCUUGAAGACAUGAAGACGGUGAAAAAAGCUGUUGCUAAUGCGACAAUCAAUGAUGUUGUUUUUGGGGUGAUAUCAGCGGGAAUAUCAACAUACUUGGAUCAUCGAUCACCAAAAUCUUUGAAAGAGGGCCAACAACUUACUGGAAUAUCAAUGGUUAAUUUAAGAGAGAAAUCAGGAUUGCAGGAUCUAAAAAAGAUGAUGGAAAGUAAUUUGACAUGUCGUUGGGGAAACAAGUUUGGCAUUCUGCUACUGCCUACUUACUAUUACCAUAAAAUUGAACCUCUUGAGCAUGUGAAGAGAUCUAAGGCAAUGAUAGAUAGGAAGAAGAAGUCAUUAGAAGCUCACUUCUCAUACCAACUUGUGGACUUAGCAAUGUCAUGGUUGGGACCAAAGGUUGCUAGCUUGCUUAACUACAAAAUUAUGUGUAAUACAACCUUUACGAUCUCGAAUGUGGUCGGACCAAAAGAGGAGAUUACAAUAGCAGGCAACCCUAUAACAUUCAUAAGGGUUAGCACAUCUAGUUUACCCCAAGCGUUGGUAAUGCACGCGGUGAGCUAUGCAGGCAAAGUUGAAAUGCAAAUCGUGGUGGCAAAAGACAUUAUUCCUGACCCAGAGUUUCUUGCUAAGUGCUUCCAAGAUUCCUUGUUGGAAAUGAAGAACGCUGCUUUAGCCAAUUUAUGAUAUAUAGGAGAAAAAAACAAAAUUACUUCUUGUUUAUUCUGUGUAAUAAGUUUAUUA